GUGCGUCUCUGGGUUUAGAAACUCUGUGACAACAACAAAUGAAAUACUGUCAUCUGUUGCCAUGACAAUGUUCUUAAUACGGAGGCUCACCCGGAUGGUUUAUGGAGCUAAAACGCGAAAGUCAAGCUUGCUAACAGGAGGCCAGGGUUUGUUGACGUGAGCUAAAAACUAAAAUCUUAAGUUUGAAGGUGAAAGUCUCGAUUGCUAGUGUGCUAACUGCAGAGUAUCGGUUAGACAAACCAAAAUGAGUCUGGAUAAAGCAAAGCUAUGCGAUUCGUUACUAAAUUGGCUACAGACAUUUCAGGUGCCCUCAUGCACCAGUAAGCAGGACCUGACGAGCGGAGUGGCUAUUGCACACGUUCUACACAGGAUAGACCCCUCCUGGUUUAAUGAGGCAUGGCUGAGCAGGAUCAAGGAGGAGAGUGAGGCCAACUGGCGCCUCAAGGUCAGCAACCUGAAGAAGAUUCUUCAAAGCAUGCUUGAGUAUUACCAUGAUGUGCUUGGCCACCAGGUAGCAGACGAGCACCUGCCAGACAUCAAUCUGAUUGGGGAGUUUGGAGAUGUGACUGAACUUGGGAAGCUGGUGCAGUUGGUGCUUGGCUGUGCUGUCAGCUGUGAGAAGAAGCAAGAGCACAUCCAGCAGAUAAUGACCCUGGAGGAGUCUGUCCAGCAUGUUGUCAUGACAGCCAUACAGGAGCUCCUGGCUAAAGAGACAACUGUUCCAGGAAGUCCUGAGACCUACGGGGACUUUGACUACCAGUCCAGGAAGUAUUAUUUUCUCAGUGAGGAGGUGGAGGCGAAGGAGGAUCUGGGCCAGCGCUGUCGGGACCUGGAGCACCAGUUGGCAGCCGUCCUGGAGGAGAAGUCAUCCCUGCAGGUGGAGACACAGUCCCUGAGGGAGAAGCUCAGCCUCAGUAACCCACAGGAUGCUUCUACCACCAUCACUGGCAAGAAGCUGCUGCUGCUGCAGAGCCAGAUGGAGCAGCUACAGGAGGAGAACUACAGACUAGAGAACAGCCGAGAUGACAUGCGUGUGCGAGGGGAGAUUCUGGAGCGUGACGUUUUGGACCUCACUCACCGUAACGAUGAACUGACCAGCCUCGCCCAGGAGGCCCAGACUCUCAAAGAUGAGAUGGACAUCCUCCGGCAUUCGUCUGACCGGGUGAGCCGGCUGGAGGCACUGGUGGAGACAUACAAGCGUAAGCUGGAGGACCUGGGGGACCUGCGCAGACAGGUGCGUCUGCUGGAGGAGCGCAACACUGUCUACAUGCAGCGCACAUGUGAGCUGGAGGAGGAGCUACGCAGGGCCAACUCAGUCCGCACCCAGCUGGACACCUACAAGAGACAGGUCCAUGAGCUUCACACCAAGCAUUCGUCAGAGGCACUGAAGGCUGAGAAGUGGCAGUUUGAGUACAAGAACCUUCAAGACAAGUAUGACGCCCUGCUUAAGGAGAAAGAGCGUUUGAUCUCAGAGCGAGACACACUGCGGGAAACCAAUGAUGAGCUCAGGUGUGCACAGGUCCAACAGAAGGGCCUCAGUCAACCAGGUGGAUUAUGUGAGGACUCUGGCACAGUGGGAAACCUGGCCUCUGAGAUGAUGCCCACAGAGUUCAAGGAGACGGUGGUGCGUCUGCAGAGUGAGAACAAGAUGCUGUGUGUCCAGGAGGAGAGCUACAGACAGAGACUCGUGGAGGUACAGGGUCAGCUGGAGGAGUCUCAACGCAGCCAGAACACCCUGGAGACACAAAACAGGUUGAACCAGCAGCAGAUCUCUGAGCUGCGGUCCCAGGUGGAGGAUCUCCAGAAGGCUCUACAGGAGCAGGGCAGCAAGGCAGAGGAUUCCUCCCUGCUGAAGAAGAAGCUUGAGGAGCACCUGGAGAAGCUCCAUGAGGCCCACUCAGACCUGCAGAAGAAGAGAGAGGUCAUUGAUGACCUGGAGCCCAAAGCGGACGGCAACAUGGCGAAGAAGAUCGAUGAGCUGCAGGAGAUCCUGAAGAAGAAGGAUGAGGACAUGAAGCUGAUGGAGGAACGCUACAAGCGCUAUGUGGAGAAGGCCAGGACGGUGAUCAAGACUCUGGACCCCAAGCAGCCGCCUCUGACUGUGUCUCCUGAUGUUCAGGCCCUCAAGAACCAGUUGACUGAGAGAGACCGGAAGAUCCAGCACCUGGAGCAUGACUAUGAGAAGAGCAGGUCCAGACAUGACCAGGAGGAGAAACUCAUCAUAAGUGCUUGGUACAAUAUGGGUAUGGCCCUGCAUCAGAAGGUGGUGGGAGAGCGGUCGGGUCCGUCCAACCAGGCCCAGUCCUUUUUGGCCCAGCAGAGGCAGUCCACUCACGCCAGGAGAGGUCUUGCAGCCCGCCACCAGCCCAGAUAAGACACAUCAACUCUGGGGGAGGAUGUGGAGAUGAGGCAAAACAUUAUCGAUAUCUUAGUGUUCACUACUUCCGUACCCCUACUCUCACUGCUCUGAUGCCUUUACUUCUCCUCUUGGUGUUUUGUGAAGAUUGCUGCUGCUGCCCUCUGCUGGGCAUCUCUGUUACAGGAUUUUCUGGAGCGUCGGUGAUGCAGAGCUACUUACUGCACCUUCAAGUGCAUUCAAAGCUGCCAAGACUCACUUAAACAAAGAUGAGAGAAAUGGGUCUAAAUGAGAGCUGGAAUGAAGUAGAUAGAAAGAAGCUGAGUGACUAGUCCUUUGACAUGGAAUUCUUAGACAAUGUUUCCCAUUCAGUCCCUCCAUUUCUUUCAAGCCCUCUUUUUAGCUAUAAUGUUUUUGAUGUUUUCUUAAGGUUUAGAUUAGGACAUUAUGAGAAUCAAUGCUUUGGAAUGAUGACCGAGAUGGAAAGGGAUGAUUUCUGCUCUCAAUAGGGCAGGGGUCUUUACCUUCCCCCUACUACUACUAUAUAUUUUCACCCUUUAUUAUCCAGCCCACUGCCAGGCUAAAUAGAUAUUAUCCUCUUACUCUUACAUGGAAACAAUAAGAGACACCUAUGGGUUGAGAUCAUGGUGAAUUUGUGUGAUUUUUCUAUUCAUUUGUGCCCAAGUCAUUUGGAGAUUCUGGCUUGUGCUGUGUUUCUGAGACUUUUAAAUGUACAUGGUGAGAGAAACUGGUGAAGCGCUAGAACGGGUGUCAUCCGGAUCCAGAUAUUUUGCGGGGGGGGGGCUAACUCGACACACUUUUACAAUGACGAAAAUCAAGUUUGAAACUAGAAAUGCCAAUGGACCUACAUUCAUACAGUUUAUUGACUGUGUCCAGCUCACUAAUAAUAAUUUUGAUGGCGAGGAAAUGUUGUUGAAGACUGAAUGUGGCCCCCGGGGCAAAAUGAGUUUGGCACCCCUCAUCUCGAAGAGCUCAAUGUCUUUGAUAUGAGAGGAACACAUGAGUUUGGCACCCCUCAUCUCGAAGAUCACAGAGAUUUCUGUGAAUGUGUUUUAGACUUUUCUUUCAAGCUGUAUCAUCUAUUUGUUUUCUCCUUUGUUAUGAGUUGUUUUGUUAUAGUUUGAAGAGCAGGAAGAAUAGCUUUCUAACCUCAGAGUUUUAUGUAGUUGUGUUGGUCUGUAUAAUAAUGUUCAGCAAGGGUACACAGUGUAAAGAAAAGCACUCCCUCCCUUUUGAUAAUGGUUCAUUUCCUUGUGAAAGACUAGAAAAAUGUCCCGGACUCUACUUUUGUAUCAAAUUCCUGUUAGGAGUAUGGUGUUCACAUGUAAUGGCAGGCGCUCCGAAAGACUAGCAGAUAUGGGGUCCUCUUCUGUCAGGACCGUUUGACUGGUAGUAUUCACACAGACUAUUGAACAAGCUUUUGUUUCAAGCUGUAAUAUGGGAAUUUACUUUAUGAAUGAUUGGUUAGACUUCCUGAUGGACUACAUUUUUGUUCUUUUUCACUUGAAUUUAUCCCCAGGGUGUUUUAAGAGUUAUGAUUGGUUGCACACACCACUUUAGACUGAUCUGAAUGUAGGAAACGCUGGUGCUUGUGAGAACCAGAGUGUGGGGGUAUUGAUUCACAGUUAAUUGAUGUGGGGGGGGGGGACUGGAACUGGCCACACUGGAGGUUGUUACUGUGUAAUGCUGGAGGGAAGUAAGGUUUCAAGAUGGCAAUCUAUGUAGCUUUUCUCUCAUUCUCAGCAGAAGCAAUCAACUAUAGAUGCUUCUGUUCGCUGACACUGGAACUUACCUAGCUAAUGAACAUUGUGUACUCUUUUUGUCAUAUUUACAACUGAAUUUAUGUACAUUUUUACCUAUAAUUUUCUCAAGAUGAACCUGUGAAGGACAACACUAUUGUUGAACACUACAUCUAUCUGAUUACUUUGACAGUAUCUGUGUAAACAUGGAACUUCUCUUUGGUAGCCAAACUGCUCUCUGUGACUUGUACCUAACCCUCUUAAGUGUGUAACUAUCUGUGCAAUGUUAUUUACCAGGCUAUGAAACCACAACUGUGUGUACAUUUAACUUCACUUAGUGUUUUACUCCUUUAAGUAGAUGUGUUUAUUUGGUAUUGAAUCAGGAAGUCAGGCUUUUAAUUUCAAAGUAGUAAAUCAACAUUCCAACUGAACUGCUAUGUCCUAGCACAGAUAUGGCCUGUACAAUUCAACCUGUCCUUUUUGUGACUGGAAAUCCCUCAAAUGUAUUGUCAAUGUACUGUCCAAUUGCAGUAUAACUUGUUUACACUGUCCAUUAGCAAUAUAUUACAAUUGACAUUUACCAUCACAAAUUGAACAUGCAGUUAAAGGACUUAAACUCUACUGAACAAAAAUAUAAAUCGAACAUGUGAAGUGUUGGUUUUAUGAGCUGAAAUAAAAUAUCCCAUAAAUGGUCUCUACACACAAAAAGCAUAUCUCUCAUGUUGUGCACAAAUUUGUUUGCAUUUUUGUUAGUAAAUAUUUCUUCUUUGCCAAGACAAUCCAUAUACCUGACAGGUGUGGCAUUACAAAUGUGCACCUUGUCCUGGGGACAAGAAAAGGCAACUAAAAUGUACAGUUUUGUGACAACACAAUGCCAUUGCUGUCUCAAGUUUUGAGGGAGCGCGCAAUUUGGCAUGCUUACUGCAGGAAUGUCCUACAGAGCUUUUGCCAGAGAAUUGAAUAUUCAUUUUUCGACCAAUGUUGUUUUAGACAAUUUGGCAUUAUGUUCAACAGGCCUCACAACCGGUGUCAUGUAGGUCAGCGGUUUACUGAUGUCAAUGUUGUGAACAGAGUUCCCUGUGGUGGGGUUAUGGUAUGGGCAGGCAUAAGCUAUGGACCAUGAACAUAAUUACAUUUUAUCGAUGGCAAUUUGAAUGCACAGAGAUACCGUGACGAGAUCCUGAGGCCCAUUGUCGUGCCAUUCAUCCACUGCCAUCACCUCAUGUUUCAGCAUGAUAAUGCACAGCCCCAUGUUGCAAGGAUCUGUACACAAUUCCUGGAAGCUGAACAUGUCCCAGUUCUUCCAUGGCCUGCAUACUCACCAAACAUGUAACCCAUUGAGCAUGUUUGGAUGCUCUGGAUCGAUGUGUACGACAGUGUGUUCCAGUUCCCGCCAAUAUCCAGCAACGUCACACAUGUCCAUUAGCAAUAUACAGUACGAGUUAAACAGUGUUUCCUCUCCCUCACACUUAGGUGGUCAUUUCAUUCCGUCCAUUUCUUGAUGGUAAAUCCCUAUUCAAAUAUAUUUGCAAUGGACACUGGACACUGCAAUGGACACAAUGGACACUGUCCAAUUGCAGUAUAUUGAAACUGGCAAUAUAUGUGUAAUGGACAUAUCACAAUGGGCAUUUACCAUCACUAAUUGGACAUGCUGUUACAUUGCUGAAACGCAGACUCGUUGAACUCAGGACGGCCUAGCAGUGCUCGUGAUUCCUCUCCCUCGCUUGUUGGUGUUGAUUUUAGCCUGUCAAUUUGGUGAUGGUAAAUCACUGCUUAAAUAUAUUGGAAAUGAACAGUGUCUGUUAGACAUAUGAUAUGACAGUACCAACAUUUGCAGUAUGAAAUGUUGGCACUGGCAAUAUACACUACAUGACAAACUGGACGCCUGCUCGUCAAACAUCUCAUUACAAAAUCAUGGGCAUUAAUAUGGACUUGGUCCCCCUUUUGCUAUAACAGCCUCUACUCUUCUAGGAAGGCUUUCCACUAGAUGUUGGAACAUUUGCUGCAUGGCUUCCGUUCAGCCACGAGCAUUAGUGAGGUUGGGCGAUUCGUUGUGAAACAGAGAAGACUGUCUAUCCUGCUGAGUUUUGAUGCAGUCUUGCUUCGAUAAAGUCAAGUUAGGAUGUGUCAGUUAUUCUGUGAGCGCUUUUGUCCCAAAACCAUUGCGGUGUUUUAGAUGCCAAGUUUAUCGUCAUGUUGCAGCAGUGUGUAGGAAGGAGACGUGAGAAGUGUGCAGAAGGGCAUGAGACAAAGGAAUAUGUAGUAUUGGUGGAAAAAGCUGUGUGUCUAAAUUCGCCUGCAGGCUGCCAGUUGGGGAACCCUGCUGUAGACUUGUCAUUUCUUCAAACAGUCGAUCUUUAUUUGAUAUCGAUUAAUUAUUGCAAUAAUUGAACAAUUUUAAAGGGAGAGAUAGGGACACCCCAUCCUCUCCUAAAGGGGAAAAUAAAAAUGUAAAUCUCAAUCUGUCCAAACAAUUCAAAAUUUGAAUUCUUAUUUUUCUUUCCAAUUAACUUCCCAUUUCCUUUUUUCCCACUUUCUUUAUUACUUUCACUGGUCUACAUAUCUGUUUACUUGAACUCAGAAGCCCUCUCAAUCACCAUCACCCAGUACAUUUCUCUUCCACUCAAAUACUUGUUCCCCUCUACAGUCUCUUCGUCUAACGUUACUUUACCAGGUGAACAAAGUGUUAAAUUAUAGACAAAACAAAACACGAUAACUUCUGUUAACAGGGAGGCCACUGUCCUCCCUCCACUCUUAUAAUCAUUUGUGUUUUUAUCCACUCCAACAUUUACUGUAUAUACUAUAACCAAUCUCUGUUGGAUAUUCACAAUUCGCUUCAGACCCAUUAAAUGUCUAUUAUUUUAAGAUGAACAUGUAAUGCGCCGAAUUUAUAAACUACAUCGGCCAGUUUCAGAAGUGAAAAUAUAAACUUUGGAGGAGCUUACUUUAUAAAGUAGCUCUCGAGACUAGAUUUCUUUAAUAUAAUAAUAUAAUAAUAUAUGCCAUUUAGCUGACGCUUUUAUCCAAAGCGACUUACAGUCAUGUGUGCAUACAUUCUACGUAUGGGUGGUCCCGGGAAUCGAACCCACUACCCUGGCGUUACAAGCGCCAUGCUCUACCAACUGAGCCACAGAAGGACCACUUUUCUGAUUAUAACUUUCACUAUAACAUGCCUGGCACUAUCCACCAGUCUCCUGUAGAUAGCGCUCUCUGUCCAUAAUAGGUCUGGCACCUGAGAUGGGUAGACAGGAAAUCGGACACUUUCCAUUUUGCCUACUCACAAAUUGGUUUAGAACGUCAAACUUUGGAAUAUCAACAAAAACUAAAUCGGGACUACAAUACAUUAUAGCCUUAAAUUUAAAAACAAAUCUCUACAUGUUCAACAUUUCAAUGGUUCUAUUUGACAGGGCAUAGGUUUUGUUUCAAAAUGUAUUACCAGGACGGAGGGCAUCCCAUAAGUAUUUAUAGUUUUAUUGGUUAGGGGUAAAUCAAUUCCCCGUACUUUUACCAAAAGUGGACAUACGCCAAUAUUUUUCUGAGACUAUUUCCCAGACCCUGUGUAGACAGUCAUGUCAUCUUUUAAACUUCUCUAUCGAAUGAUCCAUUUUUGUAAUUUUGUUUAACCUUUAUUUAAUUAGGCAAGUCAGUUAAUAACUAAUUAUUAUUUACAAUGAAGGCCUACCAAAAGGCAAAAAUCCUCCUGCAGGGACGGGGCUUGGAUUAUAAAAAAUUCUAAUAAAUAGAAAUAUAGGACAAAACACACAUCAAGACAAGAGAGACACCACAACACAACACUACAUAAAGAGAGACCGAAGACAACAACAUAGCAAGAGCAGCAACAUAUGGCAACACAGCAUGGUAGCAACACAACAUGGUAGUAGCACAAAACAUGGUACAAACAUGAAUUGGGCACAGACAACAGCACAAAGGACAAGAAGGUAGAGAAACAAUACAUCACACAUAUCAGCCAUAACUAUCAGUAAGAGUGUCCAUGAUUGAGUCUUUGAAUGAAGAGAUUGAGAUAAAACUGUCCAGUUUGAGUGUUUGUUGCAGCUCGUUCCUGUCGCUAGCUGCAGCGAACUGAAAAUACGAGCGAUCCAUGGAUGUGUGUGCUUUGGGGACCUUUAACAGUAUGUAACUGGCAGAACGGGUGUUGUAUGUGGAGGAUGAGGGCUGCAGUAGAUAUCUCAGAUGGGGGGAGUGAGGCCUAAGAGGGUUUUAUGAAUAAGCAUCAACCAGUGGGUCUUGCGACUGGAAUACAGAGAUGACUAGUUUACAGAGGAGUAUAGAGUGCAGUGAUGUGUCCCAUAAGGAGCAUUGGUGGCAAAUCUGAUGGCCGAAUGGUAAAGCACAUCCAGCCGCUGGAGAGCACCCUUACCUGCCGAUCUAUAAAUGAUGUCUCCGUAAUCUAGCAUGGGUAGGAUGGUCAUCUGAAUCAGGGUUAGUUUGGCAGCUGGGGUGAAAGAGGAGAGAUUACGACAGAGGAAACCAAGUCUAGAUUUAACUUUAACCUGCAUCUUUGAUAUGUGCUGAGAGAAGGACAGUGUAACCAUAGUCCCAAGUACUUGUAUGAGGUGACUACCUCAAGCUCUAAACCCUCAGAGGUGGUAAUCAUACAUGUGGAGUGAGUGGCAUUCUUCUUACCAAACCACAUGACUUUGUUUUGGAAGUGUUCAGAACAAGGUUAAGGGUAGAGAAAGCAUGUUGGACACUAAAAAAGCUUUGUUGUAGAGCAUUUAACACAAAAUCUGGGGAGAGGUCAGUUGAGUAUUAGACUGUAUCAUCUGCAUAUAAAUGGAUGAGAGAGCUUCCUACUGCCUGAGCUAUGUUGUUUAUAUAAAUUGAGAAGUGCAUGGAGUCUAGGAUUGAGCCUUGGGGUACUCCCUUGGUGACAGGCAGUGGCAGAGACAGCAGAUGUUCUGACUUUAUACAGUCCAUAAAGCGACCAACUCAGGAUACUUUUUUCACCCCUUACGUAAGUCUAUGUUUGGGUGUGCAAGUUAGUAUAUUAUUAUUAUUAUAUGUCACGUUCUGACCUUAGUUCUUUUGAUAUGUCGUUGUUUUAGUAUGGUCAGGGCAUGAGUUGGGUGGAUUGUCUAGGUUAGUUUUUCUAUGAUUUCCUAUUUCUGUGUUUGGCCUGGUAUGGUUCUCAAUCAGAGGCAGCUGUCAAUUGUUGUCCCUGAUUGAGAACCAUAUAUAGGGAGCCUGUUUUCUAUUGUGUUUCGUGGGUGAUUGUUUCCUGUUGUGUGUCUGCACCAGCCAGAACUGUUUUCGGUCGUUUCUCUUUGUUAUUCUUGUUAUUUCCGUGUUUAUUUGAAUAAAUAUGGACACAUACCACGCUG